AUUUGGACAUUGGUUUAUUGUAGAAACUCUUUAGUCUGCCUUCAAACGAAAAGUAACAAACGUCUUUAAAUAAAACAUUUGUGAUUCUCAUUCUAAAGCCUGUCAGCGGUUAUACACUACAAAACUCCAAGAUGGCGGACGAACUUGAUUCUGACGAUGAAGAGAGUGUUUUAAGAGGAUUUGCUAACCUGCCGACCGGCGGGACCACAAAACGACCUAUCUGCGAACGCUGCAAGAGACCCAGCUCUGUCUGUCUUUGCUCACAUCUACCAAAGGAACUUCUUAAUAUUUCCACCACGAUCUACAUACUGCAACAUCCAAAAGAGGACAGUAGGCUUCUUACCACUGUUCCAAUACUCUCUGCCUGCUUGCCACAAGAGAAGUGUAUAAUCUAUAGAGACAGACGGUACUCAACCUCAGAUUAUCCAGAACUACAUGCAAUGAUGAAGCAACCAAACACUCUGGUCCUCUACCCUGGACCUAAUGCUGUUAAUUUGCGUAGUAUUGAUCUUUCUGCCCAUGCCAACUUCAACUUGAUAGUUCCUGAUGGAACAUGGAAACAGGCCAGUGGUAUUUUCCAUGGGAACCCAUUCUUGCAGAAUGCAACACAGAUAGUUGUUGAGCAUAACGUUGUUAGCGAGUAUGUCAUCCGUACUCAACCAACAAACAAGAGCCUCUGCACAGUGGAGGCAAUUGCUCUUGCACUAGCCCCACUGGAGAAGAAUGAUAGUUUCAUUGAGAUCCUAGCGGCCCCAUUACGAGCUCUCUGUCAAUAUCAGCUAGAUCAUGGGGCGGUGGUUCAUUCUAGUAAGGAGGACAAGUUAAAGAACCCUGAACUAGCGAGAGAAGUAGAGGAAGAAAAGACAACGAAGCGUAGGAAAAAACGGCGUGGUCGACCGCGCCCCGAAGAGGUCACGAACUUGGAACAUAACUCCGAAGACAAGUUGAGAAUUGUCACGGUGUGAAAUUUACUUGGAGACGAGCUCGCAAGCCUCGGAGACAACUCGCGUUAUAUGAUGUAUAUGGAGUGUGUACCGUACAGGUAUCGAUUAUCUAGCGAUUAGCAUCGCUUUUAAUCUCUCCUGGGCAAAUUAUUAAUCAAUUAACCGAGAAGACCCUGGGGACGAGGUCGUAACAGUGUCAAGAGAGUAAGACCUUGGGCUUAUACCGAACAGGCAUCGAUUACCCAACGACUAUCAAACGAACAAAAUCGACUAAAAAGGUCUAAAGGACUUAUGAAGUGCGUAAGAGCUAAGAGCCAGACUCUAUGAUGUUGCAGUAGAAAGACUCUUUAACUAUUGGAAAAAGAUUGAUGAUGGAGCGGGAUCAAUAUGUUGAUCUUUCCGAAGACUACUGUAAACGUUUAUUUUUAAUUUUCCUCUGGUUUAGAACACCCACUGGUCUUGCAGGUGACAUGGCGCAAAGACUUUUCUUUUUUUGUCAUUUUCGAGGCGCAAUUGUAUGACUUCUUUUCGGUUUUGUUCACGCAGUUUAAGUUUUAGUCGCACAAUACUUGAUUAGUAGCGAUCCCGGGUACAUAUAAUGAGUCUAUUUAUUCGAAUUUUAUUUGCUGUUUGACACCCUAAAUACAUUUUAUUUAUUCUUUAUGCGAGUUCUUAAAAAGUCUAGUCUAAUAAGCAGUGGUGCAGUUUGUGAGCCUUUGAAAAAAAACUCAAUGUCGCCAAGUCGGCAAUCAUUUACCUGAGAGCCUCGUUUACAUGCACUCCCUUUUUUUACCCAACUAGCGUGACUAAAUGCUCUAGUGCGCAUCAGAAUACGGCGUGAUCCUCCUAUUUAAAGUUAACAAAAUAUUUGAUUUCAUGAUUUUAGGAAAUAUCCAUACCCUCCCCUACGAGGAUAUUUAAAAAUCCUGGGAAGUUGGUCCUUUCGGUGUGGACUUUGGCUUUUUUGGCCAUGGUAGCGCGCGUCGCAUGGUAAGCUUUGUAUUGGUGGCGACGGUAGCGCACGUCGCAUGGUAAAGUUAGUCUUGGUGGCCACGGUAGCGUGCGUCACAUGGUAUACUUUUUAUUGGUGGCCACGGUAGCGCGCGUUGCAUGGUAAACCUUGUAUUGGUGGUUACGGUAUCGCGCGCGUCUCAUUGUAAUCUUUGUAUUGGUGGCCACGGUAGCGCACGUCGCAUGGUAAAGUUAGUCUUGGUGGCCACGGUAGCGUGCGUCACAUGGUAUACUUUUUAUUGGUGGCCACGGUAGCGCGCGUUGCAUGGAAAACCUUGUAUUGUUGGUUACGGUAUCGCGCGCGUCUCAUUGUAAUCUUUUUAUUGGUGGCCACGGUAGCGCACGUCGCAUGGUAAAGUUAGUCUUGGUGGCCACGGUAGCGUGCGUCACAUGGUAUACUUUUUUUGGUGGCCACGGUAGCGCGCGUUGCAUGGUAAACCUUGUAUUGUUGGUUACGGUAUCGCGCGCGUCUCAUUGUAAUCUUUGUAUUGGUGGCCACGAUAGCACGUCGUAUGGUAAAGUUAGUCUUGGUGGCCACGGUAGCGUGCGUCACAUGGUAUACUUUUUAUUGGUGGCCACGGUAGCGCGCGUUGCAUGGUAAACCUUGUAUUGGUGGUUACGGUAUCACGCGUCUUAUUGUAAUCUUUGUAUUUGUGGCAACGCGCCGCAUGGUUACUUUGUAUUGGUUGCCAUGGUAGCGCGCGUCCGUCUGUGAUCUUCCUAUCCUCUUCUGUUUCUGGAAUCUCAGAGUAUCACAGUAUACUAAGGUAUCCUACUGACAAAUUUAUUGAUUUGAUUGACAAAAUUAUUUCUUUGAAAAGGUUUAGAAAUCGCUUUAAAAACUUGCUCUUUGCUUCACAGCACGAAACCAUAUUUCCUUUCGAUUUUUUGAAAAGAAAAAAAUAUAUUAAUCAUUAAUUUCCCCGCGUAAUUAUAAACAUAUCAAAUAUGACCAUUUUGCUCACCCUGACCAUUUUGCUUGCCCUUUCUGUUCACGAAACCCUAAACGCGACUUGUCAUUUUUCUACAAAAAAUGGAUGUUAUACAUUUUGAUUUUUUGUAUAUGUGUGAUCAAUGAAAUUCUAAACGACUUACAGCAAUCUGUUGACGCGGGUUAAGAAUCUCUCGUCCAAUAAAGUUGCACUUGGGUUUGUACAAUAAAUGGAAAUGGGGUUUAGACGUAAGUGUAUUAUCGGAACCACAGCAUGACGUAAAGAAAAUAGGAUAACCAAUUAUUAAUUAGAACUUUUGCACCAAGAACCCGGUCGUUCUUGGUGAUUCAUUUCAGAUUAAUUUGUUUUGAAAUCCACUUGUGCGCUCUGUUGUUUUGGUUUUAUUUCGAAUAUUCAAAUAUCUUAAAUCCUUGCAAAAAAUUAUCAUUAUAGAUUGUUUCAUGCUUUAGCAAUUGCAUGGAGCCGUUUUUAUUGUAGGGCUGAUUGAAGUUCACCGUAAAUUUCUUUUUGCCGCAGUAAAAGAUGUCUCCCAAAUCGAAUCGGAAGUGUUUUGAAAGGCUCUAACUGGUUUACAUAUCGCCUGAAAGCUGAUUCAUAAACUUCUUUAUCAGUAUCCAUUUGAGGGGGUCAUGUCGUGUUUUCCUUGGGCCACAGCCUUCGCCAUACUACUAAGUAAGCUUAUCGGUGUCCAUACCUUAUCGGUCUCCAUUUAAAGGGGGUCAUGUCGUGUUUUCCGUGGGCCACGGUUUAUUCAACCGUCCGCAAUAUCACUACUAAGUAAGCUAGUCCGAUAAAUUUCAUAUUAAUUUGUUGCUCUCUUGGUCAACCGCCCGAUAUUUGAGCCAUCAGAGCGAUUCAGUGUGGCUGAUAACAUAGUCUUCAAAGCCCCGUGCAAAUAAAGCCAGAAUUGCUCGUGAUGUGCUUGGCAAACAAAGCUGGCGUUAUUUGUAUAUCAUGUUUAUGGAAGUACUGCAAAGUAGUUCGCCAGUAUCUCCUUUGUUUUGUGGUCAAUCGAGAGAGGCUUCACCAGCAGUAGCAGAUAGAUACGGUUCUUGUUUGCACAGGGCAUAACGAUGAAAGACGACACAAUGAUCAAAAAUCGGGGUUUUUAAUAUUUUAAAUAUUAAUAUUUCUUAUUUUAUAUAAAUACCCACUUAGCUUUGUUGCCGAAACAAAACAGAAAAACUUCCUUUCAUCUGCUUUAAAUAAUAAUUAUAAUGAAUAAAAUCAUCGCCUCGUUUUGUAUAACUACUCUUCAUUUAUCAAAUCCCACGCAUGUACCCUUAUUAUUUGCUUUCUUGUUUGAAUGACGUGACAAACACGUCAUACGCACGUGUUAAUCACGUGUCUUGAUAAGCGCCAUAACCUCGACGCCAUGCUUCUCAUUGCUAUACGGUCAGUUUUUUUUUUGUCAGCAACAUAUUUGAUAUUGUUUUCAACAUUGUGAGAAAAAUGAUGUGAUGUGAUUAAACCUCGAAAUAAACAUAUAAAAACAAA